UACGACGAAGAAGCUGUCAAAAUUUCUAUUUCUCACUGCGCCGUUGGCAAAGUUUGCAUUCCUCGCUACGCUGUUGUUCUUAUGCCAAAGGCAACUUCAAUUUCUGCGGACGACUAACGGUUUUUUCGAUUCCAUGCCGGAACACUCAUUACCGUUGGAAGAACAGGUAGAUAGACAGCACUCGUGUACUAUCUUCUACAAUGUAUACACUGCAGAAGGCCAUAUGAGGCCAGCCCUCACAAUUAUCCGCAGGCAAUUGCACCAAAUCGCAUCGUCUUUGGUGGAGGUGUUCGGCCAAGCAGCGCGAAAGAUUCCUCUCAAAAUCAAUACGAUUGGAUAUAAUGUGAGCACUCGAAGCAUUAUGAGUGCGUGUCGGAGCCAUACCGGACUGAAGUGUCAACACUUAGACCAUUUUUUAGACGGAAAUUUCGAGGAUGUGACGCUUAGUGCUAUACAUGAUCACUGCCAGACGCAGGCUGAUAAUCAUGUUGUCGUGUACGUGCACUCCAAAGGCACUUACCACCCUUCCGAAAAGAAUAACAUUUGGCGUGACCUUAUGACCAAUGCAGUCCUCAGUAAGGGCUGCUUGGAAUUAGGUCGCGGCUACCAGAAUAAUACGGAGAGCAGCUGCAAUGUUUGUGGGUUUUUGUUUCAACCAAUCUGGACGUUCAUGUUUCCGGGAAAUAUGUGGAGCGCACAAUGCGGAUAUGUCCGAAAGCUAAAGCAUCCUAGGCUUUUCAAAGCAAACAUGGACUUUAUUGCAGAUGAUGCCUUAGACUUGAUGCAGCACGGCCACUUUACCAUGAAUUUGGCGCCACCUUUGCCCGUGGAUAUUGGUCGCCUCGGUCAAGGAAGGCAUGCGGAUGAGCAUUGGAUCGGAUCCCAUCCUUCUAUCUUUCCUUGUGAUGUUGCACCAAACUCGAAUUUAUGGAAAUGGGUGUCGCCGCCUCCCGAGGGUUUCGUGCCUGGACACGCUCCUCCGAUAAGAUGGUCUCCUGCGCCUAGGUACAGUAUUUUUGGAGAGUGGGGUUUCUAUCGAGACGAAAACGAAUCGCAAACCAAGCGAAUGCUCCGCACGCCGGAGUGGCGCUCAAGGGAAUAUUUCCUACUUCCUGGCUUUCUCUGGAAAUGGCUUCGCUGGUACAACGAAGUGCCUCCGCCAAAUUCGUUUGUCUGGAAGUGGUUUCCUGAUGGAGAAAUGUGGCUUGAGCGCUCUCGACAAUUAAAUGCUGAACAAUUGCUUACCUAUAUUUCAGGAGCUCUCGACAGUCCUCUUCCGACAGUCGCCACUUUCGAGUCUUCGGUGACAAAUAUUCGUCCGCCUCUUGUGUACUUCAUGCACAUCGAUUUGCCGGCAAAAGAAGAUAAUCAAAACCGGAUUGUGCAACAGCAACUUGCCUAUUUGAGUUCAUCUUUCAAAACGAAUACAACAAUUUUCGUGUACACCAGCGGAGGUCUUUCAUCAUUGGAUACAACAGUGUUAGAAAGCUGGUGUAGGUUACAACAUCAGCUGAACUGUAAACAUGUUCAGCAUUAUCCUGCUGCUCUGGAUAUUAUCACGCAAACGCGUGUGCAAGACUUCUGUCGAUUGCACGAAACCUUUCAAGUCGCAUUUCUCAGUGGGCCUUCUAUACCCAUACAGUCUCUCGAUGCACUUCAUGCGUGCUGGGAAGAUCAUAGAGCAAGUGGAGAAGAGGAAAGCUCAUGUGAUGUGUGUCUAUCCAAUUCCGGGCUAGAGAAUCACGACAGGAUGCUGUGGAUCUCCCAGUGCUCCUUUGUGAAGGACUUGAUUGCUUCGACUGAACAUGCGGCAGCUAUGUCUAGCAGAAAGAUGAGAAAAGAAAUAAAAAUUGGAAAAUACUGGGUUGUAAGCAAGAGACCGAACACAACUGGAGCUGCCCGUGUAUGUUCAUCUGGCUAGGUGAUAAAAAAGUUCUUUAUAAAUGUAAUGCUUCCGUUUCAUUCU